AUGUCCGAAGACGUUGACACGCAUAUCAUUGAACGAUACGAUUUACAUAAACGUCUCGGCAAGGGCGCUUAUGGGAUCGUUUGGAAAGCCGUCGACAGAAGAGUACGUGAAACGGUAGCACUGAAAAAAAUUUUUGAUGCUUUCCGGAAUCAAACGGAUGCACAGAGAACAUUCCGUGAAAUAAUGUUUCUACAGGAAUUCGGACGACAUCCGAAUAUCAUCAAAUUAUACAAUGUUCUUAAAGCUGAUAAUAACAGAGAUAUUUAUUUAGUAUUUGAAUUUAUGGAAGCUGAUUUGCAUAAUGUUAUCAAGAAGUUAACAAUUUUAAAAGAUAUUCAUAAGCAAUAUAUUAUGUGUCAACUAUUUCGAGCUGUGCGCUUCUUGCAUAGCGGAAAUGUCUUACAUCGUGAUUUAAAACCAUCGAAUGUCCUAUUGGAUGCUGAUUGUCGCGUGAAAUUAGCUGAUUUUGGCUUGGCCAGAUCUCUAUCUCAAAUUGAAGACUAUCCAGAAGGACAAAAUAUGCCUGAAUUAACAGAAUAUGUUGCGACACGAUGGUAUCGUUCACCUGAAAUUUUAUUAGCCGCAAAAUGUUACACAAAAGGUGUUGAUAUGUGGAGCCUAGGCUGUAUUCUAGCUGAAAUGCUUCUUGGCCAUGCAUUAUUUCCAGGCACAUCAACUAUUAAUCAAAUUGAACGAAUUAUGAAUACCAUUUCGAGACCAUCAAAAUUAGAUAUCGAAAGUAUCGGAUCGCAAUAUGCGUCAUCCGUUUUAGAGAAAAUGCCACGAAGGCCACAAAAGCCAUUGGAAUUAUAUUUGACAAAUUCAGAUCACCAAGCUAUUGAUUUAGUUCAAAGGCUACUGAUAUUUGCUCCACAUAAACGUCUCAACGUUGAUCAAUGUUUGGUACAUCCUUAUGUCCUGCAAUUUCAUUCACCAAUAGAUGAACCGGCAUUAAAUUACGAUAUCCUUCUUCCAUUACCGGAUCAUAUUCAACUAAGUAUAGAUGAUUACCGGAAUAAAUUGUACGAAAUGAUACAGGAAAAUAGAACAUAUGUAAAACGUAUACAACACAAUCGAGUCAUCAAUAAUAAUAGCAAUCAGAAAUUUAAAUCACACAAUACAACAACAACAACAACAAUGGCAACAACAACAAUGACAGCGACACCACUAAUGAAGACAAAUGGACAAACUAUUGCUACAAAUGGUCGUUUGUCAUCUGUCAUUCGUCGAUCAUCCUCAAAUAAUGCGAUACGUACAAUGAAGCAGCAAUCAGUAAUGGAACCAAAAGCGCCCAUUGCGCAAGCGGAAUGCAGUGAUACUGAUUACGACACAGCUCGAUCGAUUAAUCGACCUGUAUCGAUUGAUAAACCUAAGAAUAUCGAUACAACAAUGAUUGAAAAUAGACAGUCAAGAGAAAGAGCUCAAAGUGUAGAAACUCCGCAAAACGGAACUGUUUUUCGAGAACGAACAGCUUCAUCAUCAUCUAAAGUUCGCCCAAGGCGUCGUUCACAGCAUCGUACCGGAAUUUUUUCAUCAUUCCGGAAAUCCACCCAGCAUUUUGCAUCAUAA